UUUUUCUUUCUUCUUUAACAAAAUUCAGAAAGAACAUUAGAGUGAUUUGACACUUUUAUAUUUUUUGUUCAAAAAUGCUGUCUGAUUUUCAAACAGAAGUUACUUUUGACUCAGCCAUGUUCAAACAAACAGCUGCAGUCAGAAGCUGUAUUCGGUCAGAGAAGGAACACCCAUUAGUUUAGGCAAGGUGUUGUUAUCAGAAAGUUCUCACAAGGCUCUAAGAAUGAGGCUCUUAAAGCUGACUUUGGCUAGAAUUGUCAUCGGUACUGCCAUAGCUCUCUUUCUGAUCAAUUAUGUGACGAGAUGGAGAGUAUUAAAUAACGACCAGACCGAAAAAAGCGGCACACUGGAGAGAGGACAUGACAAGGAACAAACUGUUGAAAAACUCUAUGACAUGUUGAUGUCCUUCGAAGAAAAACAAAAUCAAAUGCAGAAGAUGUUGGAAGGGAUGCAAAAAAACAGAGAAGAAAAGAAAAGUGCAGGAGAUCAUAAUUCCCUGCUUUUCCCAGAAUCUCCACUGUUUAAAACAUGGGGUAGAAAUCUUUCCCAUGAUGAGCAGCGUGAGGCGCAGAAUGGCUAUAACAAAUAUGGAUAUAACGUCUACCUGAGCAACCGGCUACCAAUUAACCGACCACUACCAGACACCCGUGAUCCCAGGUGUGCUAAGAAGGUGUAUCCGGAGCAGCUCCCGACGCUCUGUGUGGUUCUGAUCUACCUGAACGAGGCUCUGUCGAUCUUAAAGAGAGCCAUACACAGCAUCAUCCACAGAACGCCUGCUCAUCUGCUCAAGGAGAUCAUACUGGUGGACGAUCACAGCACUAAUGAUGACCUGAGAGAGAGUCUUGAUUUCUACAUUGCUGCCACACAGAAGCAGCAUCCUCAGCUGAAAAUCCUUAGAGUGAGACACGAUCGGCAGAUGGGCCUCGCCCAAGCUCGCGUCUCUGGUUGGACUGCCGCUAGUGCUGACGUGGUGGCUAUUUUGGAUGCACAUGUAGAGGUCAAUGUGAAGUGGGCAGAGCCACUGUUAGCGCAGAUCAAGGCAGACAGAACAGUCAUCGUCUCGCCUGUGUUUGACCGAGUCAAUUAUUACGACCUUGAAGUUGUUCAGUACGGUCCUGCGGCUCAUGCCUUUGACUGGGCACUGUGGUGUAUGUACGAGUCUUUCAGUCCUGAAUGGUACAAACACAAUGAUGCCUCACGUCCUGGAAAGUCUCCCUCUGUUAUGGGAAUUCUGGUUGCAGACAGAGCUUUUCUGGGUGAGAUCGGCAGCCUGGACGCAGGAAUGGAGGUUUACGGUGGAGAAAACGUGGAGCUUGGUAUUCGGGUAUGGACGUGUGGUGGGAGCAUUGAGGUAGUGCCGUGCUCCAAGAUCGCCCACAUAGAGAGAGCCCACAAGCCGUAUAUGCCUGACCUGAGCAAUGCCAUGAAGAGAAACGCACUGCGGGUGGCUGACAUCUGGAUGGAUGAGUACAAGUAUCACGUUAACAUAGCCUGGAACCUUCCCCUGAAGAAUCAUGGCUUUGAUAUUGGGGAUACGUCAGAAAGAAAGAAACUGCGAGAGAAACUAAAGUGUAAACCGUUUAAGUGGUACGUGGAGAAUGUUUAUCCUAAACUAGACAGCUGGACCAGCGUUGUGGGCUAUGGAGGAUUAAAAAAUUUAGACUCACAGCUGUGCUUGGAUCAAGACCCUGUACCAGGUCAUGUUCCUAUAGCCUAUGUAUGCCACUAUUAUAGUCCUCAGUAUGCCUAUUACUGGCAAGGUGGCAAGAUUUACAUUGGUGGGAUCAAAUCUCAUAAACAGAAUGACAACAGGUGUCUGGUGGAUCCUGACGCAGGAAAUGUCCCUGGUUUGUACCCAUGCAAAGAGGCUUCGACGAGGAACAUGGGCAUUUACUGGGAUUUUAAACAGGGUGGUGAACUACGCAACCGAAAGACAGAGAGAUGUUUGGAAAUUCACCAUCACACUCUUGUUAUGCAGAACUGCUCAGGACAGCAAUGGGAGAUUAAAUAUGUUAUCAAACCCUUCUGAUGGUU